AUGACAGUUUUUAUACUUGAAAUACAUUCAGUAUUAACAAUUGAUAUAGAAUUAAGUGAUAAAGAACAAAAAUUUCUUUAUUCACAUUUACAAACAUCAUCGGAUUUAAAAUUAUAUUAUGAAAAAAUUUUGGAAUCAAAUAAUAUUGAUGAUAUAACACGUCUGGAUCGUCCUAUAACUCAAAAUGAUAUACAACGAGGUGAUUUUGAACAUAAGUGUUUCAGUUCAGCAGAUGAUCUAUUAAAUGCAUUCAAUAUUCAACCAAAUAGUAGUCUAAGUAAUACUGAUAUAAAACGAUUAUCACCGGCUUUGAUAAAUGUUAAAUUUAACGAUGGUUGUAGAAAAUCAGAAGGACGUGUUACAUGGAAAAAUAUGUUAAUUGGAAUACUUACUGUAACACUUAUUAAUUGUUCAGCUCUAUGUGGUGCUAUUAUUUUACCAUUUCGUAAAAAACCAGCUUUUAAAUGGAUUCUUACUGGUUUUAUUGGUUUAGCUGUUGGAACACUUACCGGGUCAGGAAUAUUUCAUUUAAUUCCCAUGAUUAUUUGUACGCAUACUCAUGGUGAUGAUGAAGUACUAACAGAAUCAAAUAACUGUCAUGUUGAUUCUACUCCUUCAAGUCUUAUUGAUUCAAAACGUAUCUCAAUUAAUUCUGCUGUCAAAGUACGUGUCUUGCUUAUAUACACCUAUGAUUGA